AUGGCGCCGACUCCAGUACACUUCUUCUCACAUGGCUCAACCAUGAUGCUCGGCGAGGAGUCCUCGUCAGCUCAGUAUUGGAAAAAAUGCGGCGAUGAGGCCCUCACACACGGAAUCAAGGGCGUCGUUAUCAUGGGCGCUCAUUGGGAUUGCUUCGGAGACCAAAUCCAGGUCUCCACAUGCCCAAACCCUGGGAAAAGCCCGGUUGCCUAUGUCCAUCCCUCUAAAUAUGUUGAUUACAAGCUGAACAAUGAUCUUGGAACGGCCGAGCGAUGCAUUAAGCUGUUGGCAGAUGCCGGGUUCAACGUGAGCGGCAACGACACAUUUGAGUGGAUUCACGACGUGUAUCUUAUUCUCAUCCGCAUGUUUCCUAAAGCAUGCCCACCCACCACAGUUAUCUCAUUAAACGCGCGCUACGAUCCCCAUUAUCAUAUGAAAGUCGGCUCGACCGUUCGUGAGCUGCGCAACGAGGGAUACCUUAUCAUAGGUACCGGCGGAGCAGUCCACAACCUGUAUAGGAAUCGGUGGGCUCCUAUGCUUCGAUUCCGGGACAGCUUCGCGCAGGAAUCUGCCCCAGAGCACUGGGCGCUGGAAUUCAGGCAGGCGGUGGAGGAUGUGAUCAUCACCACCUCAGGGCCACAGCUCAGACGAGCGAUGACGAGACUCAUGAAGCACCCUGAGUACCGGGAUGCACAUGCGACGGAUGAUCAUUUCAUGUCAGCUAUGUUCGUUGCGGGCGCAGCUGGAGAAUUCGAGGAUGAGGGUUCACCAGGGGUCCUGGGAGCCGAGACUUGGGAGUUGACAAAUAUGUGCAAUUCUCAGUUCACUAUUGGAAGUUGGUAG